AUGGUUUCAAAGCAAUGGCGGGUGCGAUUUGCCCUCACGCCGACACCACCAGUCGUCCCCAGCGCCAAGUGUGUCUCCAAGACCUCCAAUGCAAAACCCUUGCCAGCUCGUUCUCGGCCGAAGAGCAAGCUGGCCUGCCAUGAAUGCAAGUCGCGGCGUGUCAAGUGCGACGAGACAUAUCCCGUCUGUGGGCACUGCAAACGCCGGGGUACUCUGUGCAUUCCGGUACCUCGCCAUUCGGGAUGGCAUCUCGAACUGCCGCUGCUCAUCCAGCAGGCGUGCAAUCCCGGUGGCACGUCGCCGUCUCUGCUCCUUCAAUACUACUUUGAACGAGUGUGUCACAUCAUGGUCCUCGACCCCGAAAACAAUCCGCUGGCAUUCCCGCUGUUGACUCUUAUGAAAGAAUCAGACGCUCUUCUCCAUGUCGUGCAGAGCAUCGCGGCCGCCCACAAACACGGGUUUGCUGAUGAUGCCACGAGUGAGUGUUUAUUUGAGCGAAAGAGGGCCUUGCUGUCUAUCCAAAAGGAGCUUCGGCAUGUGCGCAAACAAUCUGUGUCCACAUUCUUGGCCAUCUUCCUCAUGGGCAUCUCGUCACCAUGGAUCGAGGGCACAUCGGGCAUGGAGCACCUUCUCGGUGCGAGAGCAUUAGGCGAUAUCCUCCUCAACGACCCAAAUGUGGACUAUUCUAGCGCCUACAUGCAGAUGAUCCUCGGUAGCUAUAUCUGGUGGGAGAUGGCUGCCUCGUUCAACCUAGAUCACCGGUUGCAGAGGCCACUGGGAACAGAUGCUAUCUAUAAGGCCGUGAUGGCCAACCGGCUGGAGUAUCAUUCUCUUACAGGAUACUCUCUUGAACUCUUUUAUUUGAUUGCCAAUCUGAACCAUUACUGCCGGCGGAUUGUGGACGGAGAACCUCGAGAUCUUGCCCACGAAGCUGCGGUCGAAGAGCAGCUGCUGAAUUGGAAACCAGGCGGGAACGAUACACUGCUAGUUUCUCUGAGCGGAGCCUAUCGUAAACACGGUCUGAUCCAGUUGCGCCGGAUAUGCGGCCCUAACAAUGGCGAGCCUGACCUAGAGAACGAACGACAGAUACAGACGUGGGCCGCGGAAGCCAUGGAAAACCUGAUGGAGAUCCCCCACACGUCACCGUACCUCAACUUCCAGCCUAUCCCCCUCCUCUCAGCUGCCUCGGAGAUUUCCUCCGAUAAUCGGAAGCAGCAAGAAGAGGUCAAGGCGCGGUUCCGUGCCCUCUACUCUCUUACUCACCUGCCUGUCAUGCUGGAUGCCAUAACGUUGCUGGAGGAGAUCUGGGAGCUUAGGCCGCUGGGGAUCAAGACGUCAUGGGCGGUGGUACUUCUUGAGACGGGGAAGUUGCUUCCUCUAGCAUGA